AUGACCGAGUCGCAAACCACCCCGACCCCGGAUCAGGCCUCCAUCGAUGAUCUUACCCCCGAGGAGGCCAACCGCAUCAUCCACUCUCACCGCAAGGUCAGAUAUGGCACCGCUUGCUGGCCAUGUCGCCAACGCAAGGUAAAGUGCGACAACAAACAACCAUGCGAAAACUGCGUCAAGCGAGAACACCCACAACUAUGCUCCUACAAGCCCAAUCGCACAGCCUCUCACGGUACAAACCACAAGGCCGCCGGCUCCGUCACAACAGAGGGCGGCAAUAGCAAUGCCGGCGGUAAUGGUGCCAGCACCACAACCGCACCGACUACAGCAGGUAACGGCACGGCUUCAUCAGUGCUCAAUCGAAAAAGACCGCAUUCGCCCGAAGAUCCUGCCGCGGACGCCGCCGCGGGUCAACCUCCCUUAAAGCAGGAACCCGGCAGCGCGACCUGGCCACGCGCGGCCAUCGCAUCGUCGUCGUCGUUUAUGGGAAACAACAACGGGUUGUAUACUGAUAAGCUCCCCCGGGGACCAGUAGCUGCAGGCGUGGUGGACGAAACCGAGGCCCCCGAAGCCGUCACGCGGUAUCUCGGCCAAAAUAGUAUCCCCUCCCUGUUGAGGGAGCAGUCCGGCGCCAACGACCUGCAAGAGGGCGUCGAUAUACGGCAGGAUAUGAGGUCCAUUCUCGGACUCGAUACCUCUGCGCCCUUUCCGCUCAUGUCAUCAAAGCAUCUCGAUAGUCUGACGAGGGAGAUUUCGGCGGAGCUGCCCUCGGAUCGGGAAGUCAUGAAGCUGUUCCGCACAUACAAAGAAACUCCCCAACAAUUCUGGGGCUUCGUCGUCGAUAUUGAUGACCUCGAGUCUAAGCUCAUGGUCUACCUCGAAGACCGCGCGCGCAACGCGAGCAACGCCGCACGCACGCCGAAACCCGUAUCCGCUUCAUGGCUCGCCAUUCUUUUUGCAUUGCUGGCCGUUGGGUCGCAAUACCACGACUCGCCGUAUCAUAUCCGCACGCGGGACUCCCAAAAGUACAUACAAAUAUCGUUCCAUUUCUUGCGGCUCGGCAAUUUUUUACUACGCUUCGUCCUUCUCAAUGACAUGAAGGCCGAGGCCUCGUGGGCCCUGCUUGGUCUGACCUGCAGGCUGGCUCAGUCUCUCGGCCUGCACCGGCCGAAUCCCUCUGACGGACGGGACAGCGCCCGGAAUGAUGGACAGUCCAAGGAGAUGAUCCGCCGGAAGCUGUGGUGGACAUGUGUGUGGCACGAUACGCUCACAUCACUAUCCUUUGAUCGUCCUCCCAUGACAAACAUCCCCUGCUGCCCGAUUCCGACAGUAGCAACCACCAUUGCCGGCGAAUACGGCUACUUGGACACAAUGUAUCACCUCUGCGAAAUCAUCUCGCGGCGUCUGAACCCAGACGUGGCAACGACAGUAAGCUACGAGCAAAUGGUUGAAAACUGCGAAGCUGUCGAAAAUCUCCGCAACAACGUCGCCCCCAACAUUCGCAUCAAGGAACAGUGCAAACGCGCCAUCGACCGCCUUCAGCACUACGCCGUCCGCCUGCACACCUCCUUCGUCAUCUCCGUCUGCUGCCGCCCCGCCCUCCGCCGCGACUGCACCAAGCUCACCCCCGAGCAGAAGCGUCAUCUCUCGGACAAGUGCCAGCACAAUCUCGCCGAGACGGUCCGCAUGUUCCUCGCCAUGCACCAGCUCUCAGUCAUUCCUACGCGCAGCUGGGCGUUUACGUAUCACGGCCUCUCGUCCGCACUGCUCCUCGGUAUUCUGGGUGAGACGAAGAACAGCCCCGAGGUCCGUCAGCUGCAGGGCGACCUCAUCGCCGCGCUGUCCGCAACGGCCGCGAAGGAGGCCACCUCGCCCACGGCUCACAUCCCCAAGACGGACAAGGAUAUCGAGCUGUCUGGACCAUUAUGGAGAGCGCUGACGGCGCUGCGUAACAUUUACGAACAUGGCACCAUCAUGGGCACGUCGCAGAUGAAGGGGACCGACUCCAGCGGCACCGGAAGCGGGGCGAGGACGCCGCUGCCGCCGAUGCUCAUGGGCCCCAUGGGCAAUAACGUCAACGGGAACAAUGACGGGAAGCCGUUCGGCAUGGAUCCCCACCAGGACGCGGCUCUCGCCAUGGCCGAGAUGCAAAAUGGUACAGCGAUGACGGAGUACACACCAAAGUACGUAAUCUCUGAACCUCCCAUUCGCGAUCCUUUCGUUCCUCGGAUGAUGCUAACAAGUCUCAGCAUGGGAUACCCACCCGUCAGCAUGGAUAACAUUGCCAACCUGGACCCGUCAACAUACAUGUCCCCAAUGGAUCUCUACGAAUCAAUCUGGUGGGAAUCGCCCGACCCCUGGAACAGCGGCGUCGAUACCAUGAACUUUGACUUCGUCGCCCAACCGCCACCGGGCCAGCCCCAGCAGCAGUUCUAUUUUUGA